GGCUGCUUCUCCAGCGCAGAUGAUGGUGCGAGAGGUCUCUGUGCAGGGAUGGGGUUGGGCAGCAUCCAAAGAGCCGCAGGAAGGGAUGUCUGGUUGGGAGGCAGGCGAUUGAGCAGCCCACAUGGAAGGCAGAGGACCCUAUCGCAUCUAUGAUCCCGGUGGGGGGAUGGAGGAGAAAGGAUCUGUGACUUUUGAGCAGUUGGUGGAGGAGAACACCCGGCUGAAGGAGAAGAUGCAGGGGAUAAAGUCUAUAGGAGAGCUACUGGAAGAGUCCCAAGCGGAGGCAUCCAAGCUGCGGCAGAAGGUGGAGGACCUUGUGAGACACAAAGAAAUGCUGAUGGCGUCAUCUUCCUUGGACAAACUGGUGGAAAUGGGAGCCGGCGGCCCCGAUCCCAGCGCCGUCCUGGCCGCCCCGGGCAGUGCCCAGAAGCAGCUGAAUGCAGAAGUGCGGAAGGCUCCUCUGAGUAGGUCCUCGUCGGAGUUUGAGAUUGUUUCUGCUGAAGCGCAGGGCUUUUUGCAGGAGAGCGGGAGAACGGACUUGGAGCAGCUGCCGAACGAGGAGGGCAACCUGCUGCCCCAGCUGCAGCGCCUGGAGAGCACCCUGAGCGGCUGCGCCGACGAGGCCGGCAAGAACCAGGUGUUCGUGCGCCUGGGCCACAUGGCCUCCGAGUUCAACCGCCUGGCCUCCAAGGUGCACAAGAACGAGCAGAGGACAUCCUUCCUGCAGACCCUGUGCGAGCAGCUGCGCAAUGAGAAUGAGGAGCUGCGAGCCAAGCUGGAAAGAGACUUGGAGCAGAGAAACCAGGCUCUGGAGAAGCUCAGGUGUGAGAACCAGGAGCUCCGGAGGAUGGUGACGCUGAACAACAAGGAAAAUGCAAAGAGGGAAGGUGCUGAACAGCAGCAGAGCGGGGCUGUGAUGGAAAAGGUGCUGGGCAGAGUAGGCCUGGAGGCCAAGGAGAAGAAGGUGAAGAUCCUGGAGCACCAACGCAACGAGCUGCUGGAGGUCAACAAGCAAUGGGAUCAGCACUUCCGAUCCAUGAAGCAGCAGUACGAGCAAAAGAUAACUGAUCUGCGCCAGAAGCUGGGUGAGACCCAGCGAGCGCUGACUGAGCUGGAGUCAGAGCGGGAGCAGAAGCAACGGGAUUUUGACCGCAAGCUACUCCUGGCCAAAUCCAGGAUUGAAACAGAGGAGGCAGAGAAGGACAGGCUGGCCACGGAGGUGAGGGACCUGCAGCAGAGGAUGCGGUUCCUGCAGGAGCAGCUGGCUCCAGUCACCAAACAGAGAGAGUACCAGGAGAAAGAGAUCCAGAGGCUGAACAAGGCACUAGAGGAGGCCCUGAACGUCCAGGCCUCUCCACCACCCGCCUUUGCUGCGAAGCCGGUUGUGAAGAUGCCGCGGCAGGAGCUGCUGACUCAGAACGAGCUCCUCAAGCAGCAGGUGAAAAUCUUUGAGGAGGACUUCCAACGGGAAAGGAGCGACAGGGAAAGGAUGAAUGAGGAGAAGGAGGAGCUGAAGCAGCAGCUGGAGAAGCUGCAGAAGCAGCUGGCAGUCUCCAACAACCAGCUGCGUGUCUCCAAGGACGACUGCCAGCGGGAGAAGGAGGAGAAGGAGAAGCUGAAGAAGCUGCUGAAACAGCACAAGCAGGCUUCAGGCGAGAGGCAGCACCCUGAGGCGCUGCCAGGGGGGCCCAUGGGCCCUGCCUGCUCUGGGGGCUUCCAGGUUGGUCCCCCCAUGGCUCAGCCCAUGUACCACGGCUUUGACGACCGGCAGCAGAUCCGAUACUCGCCACCGCUGCCAGGCGAGCGCCCGCUGGGACAAACCUACCACCACUACUCUCCGUCACACUACAUCUGGUACCCGCCCUGCGAGAUGUCUCGGAGCCAGAACGCCUAGGCAGUGGCUGGGGUGAAACCGGUUCCCUAGGACUUGGGCAGGUCCCGGAUUGCCGAAACGCCCAGAGCCGUCUUAGCUGUGUUGUGAUACAGGCUAAAGGCAGAAGUAGGAUGUGUGUGUGUGCCUGUGUAUAUAUAUCUAGGACCUUCCUCCGGCUAUUUACCCCUGUGCGUAUAUACACAUGGUGUGUAUGGCUCGUGCUCGUGGCCUGAAGCUGCUCCGGCAGGAGUUCCGGAGAGGAAUGUGCACGGAAGUGAAGGAGGGACUGGAGAUGCUG